AUGAAGGUCGAGCACACCCCGUCUUCGGCAGAGAGCCAUUCACUCGUUGCCCAAGCCCUGGCCCUCCUGAAGGCCAAUUUGCUCCUGUUAGCGGUCGUUUCACUCGUCAUCCGAUGCCUCUAUAAGCGUUAUGCCUCUCCUCUGCGAAAUGUGCCGGGGCCGUGGUUGGCUUCGUGCUCGCGGCUUUGGAAAGUGUGGAGUACGUACAAUGGACACACCGAGUUGGACCAUAUAGCUCUGCACAAGAAAUACGGCCCUGUGGUCCGAACCGCCCCCAACGAGGUGUCUUUCGGCACUUGCAAUGCCGCCAAAGACAUCUUUGCUGUGGGCAAAGGAUUCCAUAAGACCAUGUUCUACAGCGUCUUCCCCCCGAAGCAUGCACCGGAUAUCUUCACCGAAGUUCGCGAAUGGAAGCACGCGCAGAUGAAACGCUAUGCUGUCACUCCUUACAGCCUUGCGCAGAUGCAGAAGCGGUCGGAGCCGAUCGAGGGCAUGAUCCAGCUCCUAAUGGAGCAUCUGGAGAAGUAUGCCACUGAAAAUAAGCGGGUCUGCAACCUGGGUAACCUGUUGCAUUACUUUGCUUUCGAUGUUCUUGGAGAAGUCGCCUUUUCGCGACAAUUCGGUUUCUUGGAACAGGAAGUCGACGUCGAGGGCUCAAUCAAGAACAUCGACGAUGUCCAAUGGUACGACGGAAUCGUGGGUCACAUCGCCGAGUACGACAUCCUGCUCCGAAACAACCCCAUCCGACCAUAUCUGGGCUUGCAAAUGAAGCCGACCACAAUGACAAAAAUCGCGGUUGCCGAGCUCGAGAAGCGGAAACAGAAGGACGGGACCUAUGAUUCGACGGGGAUCGAUCUAUUGGCCGAAUUGCUCAGAGCACACGAGGCUAACCCGGAGAAGUUUUCGGUAAAUGAUGUGUUUAGUAUUGCUCAUGGCGCGGUGUUUGCGGGAUCCGACUCCACGGCUUCGACCAUGCAAUCCUUUUUCUACCUGGUCCUGAACGCUCCCAAGGUGUACGCCAACCUCUGCCAAGAGAUCGAUGAAGCUCAAAAGGCCGGCAAACUGUCCGCAAUCGUGACCUACGCCGAAGCACAGGCUCUCCCUUACUUCCAGGCAUGCUUGAAGGAGGCCAUGCGAGUCCGGCCAGCAGUCGGACUGGGAAUCUACCGCAAAACCCCGCCUGAAGGGGUGGAGAUCGAUGGCAAGUUUUACCCCGGCGGCAUCGAAGUCGCUGUCAAUGGAUGGGUGCUGCACCGAGAUGCCUCGAUAUUUGGGGACGAUUGCGAGGAGUUCCGACCAGAAAGGUGGUUUGAGCGUGACGCCAAAUUGAUGGGGUCGCAUUUGUAUCAGUUCGGCGGCGGCAGCCAUCUCUGCAUUGGCCGGAAUCUUGCUCUUUUUGAGAUGAACAAGACCCUCAUCCAGAUCUUGAGGGAGUACGACGUCACCCUCGUGUAUCCUGGACGACCGCUGGCGUAUCACUCGACCUUCUUCGUGGUCCAGGAGGGGCUUGAGGAUCCGAUGAGACAAUUCUACGUCUCUGACCAUGUCGCCCUCAAACAGGAUUACUCUCUUUAUGGCAACAUCCUCCUCACGCACAGUGAUUCAGAUGUGCCGCUCGAAACCAGCGAGAAGACGAUGAUAGCCCAUGUCGAAGUCCCACCCGAAAUCCUCCGUGAAUUUCUCCUCACUAACAAGCCCCCUAGAGGGUACGUCUUUGUCGAGUUUGCUAAUCCCGCCUGGGGCGACUCCCUCGUCAGUGAGGACGACAUUGUCCUCGUCAGUCGAGCCUUUCGGUUCGGCGAAGUCGUCAAGCAAGAGGGAUGCACCAUGACGGGAACAGUCUUCGGUUUGUCAGAGAAUUACAUCCUGGAGCCUGUCUACCCGAGUGGCUCCUCUGCUGCUCCGGCCUGUUCGACGACAUGUCCGUCCAACCUGCCUGAGUUCUUCGGACACCCGAACCCACACAUCCUCCUCCACGAUGUCCCCGCACAAGAAAUCAAAAGAUCACAGGAUGUCGUUGCCGAUGACCGCAUAAUAUUGUUGAACCUUGUCGGAGUGGUGGAAGAGGUGGAGUACAACACGGUGGUCAUGCUGGCCGACUCGUCCAUCAUGCUCAUCUCGAACUCUUGGGGCUUGCAUAUGCCUUGGCCUGAACACCAGAAGCGUCUGGUCACACAACAUAUGCCCCCUGAGCUUGAGGGGUUCUUGCGACCUGAAGUUGUGGCGGCCCAUGAAGGUUGGUCAGACGAUGGCCCUGUUGCACGGCCACAGCGCGGCGACUUUGUCCACGUGGAUCGUUCUGCGCUAAAUACCGCAAGAUGGCUAUCUGGCGAACGGCAAACGAGUGGUCAUUGUGAAGGCAUCGUCCUUGACAGCCGAGCUCGUGAAAUUAUGGUCGAUUGGAUAUCUACCCCUGCGCAGCGGCAAGACACGUCUCCCGCAGCGAGAGCGACCAGAACGGUCAUGAAUAUAUACUCGGACGUAUACUCGGACACCCAGUGUUCCUGCUGUGUUCUGGAGACGUGUCUGAAGAAGGACGUCAUCAUCUACGACCCUGGCAGGAUGCCCGAGCCACGCUCGGUCGGCGACGAAGCUGGACCUGCCGAAAUCCACGGUAGCACAAAUAUUCAUCCAGGGCAGAUAUUGGGGGUUGGCGUGCGUGUCAAGUUCCGAGACCCUUCUGCAGCUGCAGAGAAGUAUCAGGGGAUUGCGGGGACAUCACACGGCAAGUUUCUCCUAUCGACCAAGUAUGCAUCUCACGACUGGGAUUUGAACGAGUUGAAGAUUGUCUACAUGAAACAGACCGCGGCCGUCCUGUGGCAGGACGGGAGUGUCACGACGGUCGACUCAACCCUCUUAACCAUCUUUUCUCUCUUCGAGACUGAUAUCCUCCCCACAGACAUUGUGUUGAAAAGAGAAGGAACGCGGCAGAGGCCGGCGGCCGAAAAUGGAAAGGUGGGUGGCGCCGUAAAAGUCUUUGACGAAGCGACGUUCUUCGAGCGACCUCAUGAUCUGCUGCCAGCUGCUGUAGGUGUGGUCCAGUCGGUGGAUCCGACCGAGAAAGUUGCUCGCGUGCGGUGGUUCAAGGACCCCCAACUUGAAUUGCAGUUCCCCGAUCAAAGUCUGGCGCCGGACUCACGGUUUGGCCCCAUGGGAGAUGAAUUCGAGGAUGUGUCGCUCUUCGAAAUCAUGUGCUUUCCCUCGUUGCUCAGGCAGCGGGGUGAUAUUUGUGUGGUAAGAGCCCCGGGUUCAUUCGAAGUCUCGCAUAACGAGCUCGGCGAAUCACAUCAGUCGCGUCUCGCCAGGAUAUCCUCGAUAAUUGGGACCAGUCCAUAUGCCGGCAUGAUUCCGUCGCAGCAUUCUCCGGUUUCUCCUUCAGCCCCAGCACCUACUUCCAAAGGUAAAGAGAAACAACACACACAAGCGGACUGGGUGGGCCAAAUCAUAUGGUUGGGAUUCGAUGGCUCCGUCAUUGUCCGUCUGGGAGCAGCGCAGCCUUGUCGGGACGUAUUGAUGGAUGCCGACGGGAUCAUUGCUGUUAUCAGCCCCCGCCUCCCUCUUUCGUUCGACGAAAACUCUAACGACGACGACGAACACAGUAUUCUCGGACUUGGAAGUGAAAGUAGCUCCCUGCGCUGUUUAAUGACUCCGUUGCCCAUUUCGGAGACUGUGGAGUACGAGGGCGGAAAGCGUCUUGACAAUGACAGCGGCGAUGAGAAUUGGACGUCUGAAGAGGACGAGGCUUCUGCGGGGGCCGAAGAAGAAGAAGAAAUCCCUGAGAAAGGCACAGAUGUGGACAUGACGGACGCUGAGGAGCAAGUGGAUCAUGCAGCAGAACCACCGCGGUCACUGUUUCAGCUGGAGAACCUGCUCGGAUCUGAACCACCGGCGCAGUUUCUUGUGCUGGAGCAGCCGCCGCCACCUGAUCAAUUCAACCUUCAUACCGCUCCGUCGACGCAAGGGAUGGCACGCAUCGUCAAAGAACACCGGAUCUUGCUGAACUCUCUCCCCGAAGGUGAGAUCUAUGUUCGCACCUAUGAGAGUCGGCUCGACCUCCUGCGGUGCCUCAUCAUUGGCCCGCGAGAUACGCCUUAUGAACAUGCACCCUUUUUGAUCGACCUGUACCUGCCUCGGGAGUUUCCCGAGGAGCCCCCGAAAGCCCAUUUCCACAGCUGGACGAGUGGACUCGGACGCAUCAAUCCGAACCUUUACGAAGAAGGCAGGAUCUGUUUGAGCCUGUUGGGCACCUGGUCUGGAAGACAGGCGAGCGAGAAAUGGAGCAAAGACGCCACGUUGCUUCAAGUGCUGGUCUCCUUACAAGGGUUGGUAUUUGUCAGAAGGCCAUUCUACAACGAGGCAGGAUUCGAAGGGUACGAGCAGAGUAAUGCAUAUGCCACGGAAUCAGAUUCCUACAGUGAAAAGGCUUUUGUCAUGGCCCGGGGAUUUGUGAAGAGUGCUCUGCUCCGACCUCCCGGGGGGGUGGAAGACAUUCUGGCCUGGUUGUAUCUGCCGCGCGAUGUCUCGCACCCGACUCAGAGCCUGCUUGGCACUGUCGUCGAACGAGGGAAGGCCCUCCUGCAGAGAUCUGAAGAGGCUCGAUCAAAUCAAGACGACUCAUUGGUCGAUUCAGCGGGCGCCAAAGCUGACGACACCAAAGUGUUCUUGAGGCCAUUGAGCCGUGGCGCGAGUAUUAUGCUGAGGAGAUUGAUUGAUGAAUUGCAGACCCAGUUAGACCAGUUUCUGGCGGGGAAGGGAAAAACAAAAGGGGAUGACUGA